AUGCUGCUUCCGCUCUCUGAGCACGUACGGCCUCUUGGCUUCGGAGACCGGAGAAGAAGUUAGUCGCUGCCUCGCUGAACAACACGCUCAUGCCUAGCGCAGACCAAUGAGUGUGAUUAUCUUUAACAUACUUGCAUUGACUUUAUUCGUCAAGACGUGUACGCCCACUCCGGUAGUAUUCAACUUCUCAUCCUGCCCUGAGCUAUGUUACGAGCACGGAACUUGUAAUCCAGAAACCAAACGGUGCGAGUGCCCGCUUGUACGACACGGCUUCGAUUGCAGCAUCCCGCUGUCUGACCCGAACAGCCAGUGCAAGGCCUACAGCCACAACUCCAAGUCCUGCGACAGCCGCGACAAGACCCUCUGCCUGAACAGCUGUAACGGGCAGGGCUGGUGUGAAGGCGGCUUCUGCCAUUGCAAGCCAGGCUUUUAUGGCGCCGACUGCUCCCUAAGCACGGGCGCGGAUGGCCGACCGCAGCUGCUGGCGGGUCAGGGCUACGUGCCGCGGCGGGAGGGGCCCAAGAUCUACGUGUACGAACUGCCGCCGCUGACAAAUACAUGGGUCUACAUUGCGCGCGUGGACCGCCCGCUCGUGCAGCUGCUCAUGCAGCGGCUGCUCAGCUCCGGCGUGCGCACCGCCAACGGCGAUGAAGCCGACUACUUCUUCAUCCCCUUCCUCAUCCGCACACGCACCCACGCCGCGGGCCACCUGGCCGCCACGUUGCACUACGUACGGCAGCACUGGCCCUGGUGGGAGCGACAUGGCGGCGGACAUCGGCACUUGCUGGUGGCGACGGGCGAUCUGGGGCGGCGCGGCUUGCCAGCUGAGCUGUUGCCGCUGAGUGAGAAUUGCACCUUCCUGACGCACUGGGGCCUGCAUGCCAGCCAUGCGAUUGGGCGAUGGGAGGCGUCGCACAGACCGGGGAAGGACAUUGUGGUGCCGCCGCUGACCAACCCGGAUGACAUCAUCGUGUAUUCGCCGCUGCACCCUCUCAUCCGCCGGACGCACGACCGAACCAAGGAACUCUUCUUCGCAGGUCGUAUCUGUGGUGACAACCAGAAGCCGGUGAAUGGGACGUGCAGCGACAAGCGGCGUGACUACAGCGGCAACACACGUCAGCAGGUUUCUCAGCAUCAUUGGAACCGCACUCACUGGACCAUCACCACCCAAUCGCAAGGCUACGUGCUGGGACUGUCCACCCACAAGUUCUGCCUAGCUCCCACCGGCGGCGGCUACGGGCGGCGCAGCGUGCAGGCGCUCAUCAUGGGCUGCAUCCCCGUGACGCUGACGGACGGCGUGCACCAGCCCUUCGAGCCGGAGCUGCGCUGGGCGGACUUCAGCGUGUCGGUGCCGGAGCGGGACAUUGGCCGGCUGCAUGAGGUGCUGGGGGCGCUGAGUGAGGCCAGGAUUGAGACGAUGCAGGAACGGAUUCGCUGUGCAGCGCAGCACAUGUACUUCAGCAGCACAUUUGGGGAGGUGAUGGGCGAGGACGGCAGAUACGACGCCUUCGAAACGCUCAUGGAGGUCCUGCGCAUGCGGCGUGACUAUCCGGGCGUGGAUCCCAGCCAGUACACCGCACUGGACAAGCGCUUCGCGGACUUUGUCAACUGCCAGCUAGAGCCAACGGGCGGCCGAGUGCCCCUGUGCACACAGAACCGGCUGGCCAAGGGCGACGACCUGCACCACUGCCGGGAGUCCUACAUGCAAGUGCCGAUGAGGUGGAUGCACAUGUUCUACAGCUGGCCGGGUGGGGCGGUGUGCGGCAAGAACCCAAACGUGGCCAAGUGUCCUAGAAGCUGGCUGUAAUGGAUGGCCCUGGA